GCCACAUCUCCCGCCGCAGUGACUUCCGGCAGGCACUGAGUCUGUACUGCGACAAUCUUACACCCGCGAGUGCCCUUUCGAGCCUGCUGGGGAAUGCGCUCCCUUUCCCCAAAAGUCCCUCGGCUCCCCCGUCGACCACCCGUCCAAGGGUCCUGGAUACCCAACGCCGCCACGUCUGGCACCUCAACUCAAGUCUGGCACCUCAACUCACAUCUGGCGCCUCAACUGUCGCGUGGCGCCUCGGCCAGAAGUCCCCCAAGGUGGCGCCGCCUCUCCGUGGCGCCCGAGAGCCCGCAGGCGCGGGUGGCUUGGCCCGCGUGGGCUCCGAACUGCGGCGGCUCUGCUAGACGGUUGCAGAAGCUGGCGGACGGCCAGGACCCCCCGCCUUGUGCAGCCAGGCGUCGAGGAGGCGGCGGCGAGUGCCGCGGUGCUGGCUGGGUGGCCGAGUGGUCCCCGCAGCCUCUGAACCCAGCCAUGCUGCUCUGGGUGCAGGACUUCGUGCUGGAGGCGGUGGCCUGCCAGGAUGACGAUGACUACUUACGCUACGGGAUCCUCUUCGAAGACCUGGACCGCAAUGGGGACGGCGUGGUGGACAUCAUUGAGCUCCAGGAGGGGCUGAGAAACUGGAGCUCCGCGUUUGACCGGAACUCCGAGGAGAUAAUUUUUAAGUCUGGAGAUACCAACGAUGAUUUAGGAUUGGACUUUGGAGAAUUUAUGCAGUAUCUUCAAGACCAUGAGAAGAAAAUGAGGCUGGCAUUUAAUAGUCUGGAUAAAAAUAAUGAUGGAGUAAUAGAUGCUUCAGAAAUAAUUGCUGCUUUGAAAUCUCUGGGUAUGCAUAUUUCUGAAGUCCAGGCAAAAACAAUUCUGAGCAGCAUGGAUAGUGAUGGAUCAAUGACAGUAGACUGGGAUGAAUGGAAGUACUACUUUUUACUACAUCCUGCAACAAAUAUCACUGAAAUUAUUCAUUUCUGGAAGCGUUCUACUGUUCAUAGUUUAAAGUCAAAGAAAAUGAGAUUGAUUAGUGGCCUUGAGCAGUUGGUGAAAGAAGGAGGAAUUUUUUCCCUUUGGCGAGGAAAUGGUGUAAAUGUUUUAAAAAUUGCACCAGAGACGGCACUCAAGGUUGGGGCCUAUGAACAGUAUAAGAAAUUGCUUAGUUUUGAUGGUGUUCAUUUAGGAAUUCUUGAAAGAUUUAUAUCUGGCUCAUUGGCUGGUGUAACUGCCCAGACCUGUAUUUACCCCAUGGAGGUACUAAAGACCAGACUGGCUAUAGGUAAAACUGGAGAGUAUUCAGGGAUUAUUGAUUGUGGCAAGAAGCUUCUAAAACAAGAAGGUGUCAGAUCCUUUUUCAAAGGUUAUACUCCUAACUUGCUAGGCAUUGUACCUUAUGCAGGCAUAGAUCUUGCUGUUUAUGAGAUUUUGAAGAAUUAUUGGCUAGAAAAUUAUGCAGGAAACUCUGUGAAUCCUGGGAUAAUGAUUUUGGUGGGAUGUAGUACGUUGUCUAAUACUUGUGGUCAGUUAGCCAGUUUCCCUGUGAACCUUAUUAGAACUCGCAUGCAGGCUUCAGCCCUAAUGGAAAAAGGAAAAACAACUUCUAUGAUUCAGCUCAUUCAAGAAAUAUAUACCAAAGAAGGAAAAUUGGGAUUUUACAGGGGUUUCACCCCAAACAUCAUAAAGUUGCUCCCUGCAGUAGGCGUUGGCUGUGUGGCCUAUGAAAAAGUGAAGCCACUUUUUGGAUUAACCUAGAAGUGAUAUAUAAAAUUGUUGUCAUUGCCAUAAUCACUUAAUUGUAAGAUAAUACCUGGGUUAUAAAGAGAUGUUAUCUUUUCCUAAGAGGAAAGAAAUGUCAGAUAAUUGUUAAAAUAUUUUUUCAUUAUUACAAAAUACAUAAAUUAAAUACUAAUUUUUAUAAAGUUCUUUAAUAAUUUAAAAUCUUUAAUAUCCAAAGAAUACUAUUUACAUUUUCUACUACUCUCCCUUGAAUCCUAACUUAAAAUUUGUUCUUGAUUUGAUUUGAAUGUAACAUAAAACAUUUGGUCAGUUACAGGAGUUUAUCUUUGAAAAUGUUUUUAUAUUUGAAAACUUAUUUUAAAAAAGCUGAGCUUGAAAAUGCUUUAUACACUAAAAGAAAAAUCAGUGCAUUUAAAAUUGAUGUUAUAGCAAAUAAUUUGGAGUCUGUUUCUUUUACUUAAGCAAAAUGGAAAAUUGGUUUCUAAUUCCUUCUAUCACAUUUUAGAUGGAAUAAUGACAACAUCUUUCUUACAUCUCUGGGCCUUUUUAUUUGUAAAUGUGAACACUGUUGGUUCAUUUUAAUUCUUCAUAUUUUCAGCUUAUAUAAGGAAGUUGGCAUUGAUAACAAAUCCAACACUGGACAAAUUUUAUUUAUCUUCUGGUUGAACACAUUCGAAUGGAAGAAUUUUAUAUAUUAAAUCCAUUAUCUCAU